UAGAUGGGCAGAUUUAUUAUAAAUUGGGCUGUGGAUCAACGAAUAUAAAUCAAUCAUUGAUUCAUUUUAAAAUUUAACAUCAGAACUAUUGUUGAUUUUUUAUAGUAUUCAAAUCAGUUUAGUUAAAUUAAUUGCAUCAUUGUAAACUAUUGGAAUGUAUAGUCGAAAGUUAUUUUAUUGUUAUAGUGGAGUGUACAUGAUCCAUUUUAUUUUCUAUGCUAUUUUCAUGAGUGUCAUUUUAACAACUGGCAAUGCAAAUGAUUCGUUUACUGGUUCUACAUCUGAGUCAACUGAUAACCUUAGCGAUACAACGUUAUCAUCUACAACUUUGACACAAACAGAUCCUUCGGCUAUGACAUUAAGUACAGAGACUGCUGAUGUUGCUUCAGUAGCAAGUACUGAUAUUGAUGUUACUGGCAAAACUAGCACCUAUACUCCAGUGGGAUCUGAAGGGACUAGGGACACUUCAUCAAGUACUGACAAUGUUUCAUCCGAGUCCUCUGAUACAGAGUUGAAUGUUACACGACAAAGUAACAAAUCUGUGAUUGCCAAUGUGGUUGGAGAGGAGUCUUUGGAUGUGAGAACAACGGAGUCAGAGUCCUCGGUGAGUCUAAAGACUACUCUUCAAGAAAGUGAGACAAGUACCGCGGAAAUUGUGUCUUCGAGCAUGGAAAGUGAACAGGAAAAAUACCGAACUACAGGUUAGAAGCUCUUGUAGUGUUGUAUUAUGCAUGAUGUUUUGUUGUGGCUUGUCCCCUAUUCAUCACGAUUUAUGACUAGGUGAUUUCACUUUUCUUACGAUGUCAUUAUUAUUUGGUAUACUGAUUCCAUAUCCUGCGGCUGAAUGGCUAGAUUAAAUUUUUAUGUCUUGAGGUGACAGUUAUGGGUUCAUUACUAUUUAUUAGUGAGUAAAUAACUAAUAUGGUAGCAAUCUUUUCUAUUUUGUCCAUAGUAUGUAUCUUACUGGGAGUUAGUUUUGUGCUCGUUUAGGUUAAUAUACUCAACCACAACUUUCUGUAUCUUAGCAAUUCGUAUUCAAACUGGUCAUAAUAAUUCAUAAGUGAUCGCUGAAAAAUAAUUCUCGUCAAGCUGAUGUUUUUAUUUAUUCGAAACUAUGACUAGAAGCGUAGAUAAGUUUUAGCUUCUGAGGUAAGACAUUUUAAUUUCGCUGAAAUAGUUAGUUGAUAUCUUAAAUGAAUGGUAAUUAAUGUCUCUAGAUAUUUUUGGAGUACUAGGUGUGAUAGUAUUAUGGUUAACUUAUGAUAUUCUUACUAUCUUAGGGUUUUCAUACAUGCAGGUUGUCUGGCAUUUAUGUCUAUUUUAUCGUGGGCUUUGUGGACAGAGGAUUUCUCUACGCCAUGGAUGCCGAAAUAUCCUGUGUGAAAGUGUCUACCACUGUAUUUAACCUAGAAACGAAGCUAGUAUCGUUACUUCCGUAAUUUGACAUUUCCUCGGUAUCCAUAUUGACUUCAAAAAUUUUCCUCUAAUAGAGCUGCUCCUUGAGUUUAUUUUAAAGCCAUGAACAUACACAGUACUCUCUUGCUACAUUUUUCCUGAUCCGUCAAGUUCAAAAUGUGAAGAUGAAUAAUUAAAUGUUGGGGAUCUUCAUGAAUUGUAAAGUUAAGUCAGUCUGUUUUAUGAAAUAUUGAUUUAUAGUCUUCACGGAUUUUUAGAAUGAUGCUUAAAAAUAUGCUUAGAAUUACUAAACAUUUCUCAUAAAAAAAUAGAUUAGAAUUUUCUACUUUGUGUAAACUUGAGAUUAAUUGCUCAUCUGCUCCUUUGUGAAGUCUUGAAGGAAAAUUCUAGAUGACAUUAACAACAUUUUCGGUAAUAAAAUGUGUAUAACUGGUACGUUCCAUCAGUAAUGAGACUUGUUUAGAAUGCCUUGAAGCAUUUGAAUUUAGUAGCGAUCAUUAUUUAAUGUUGUAUAAAAACCAACUGAAUUAUCAAAGUUUCGGUGCUUUUAAAUAUAUACGUUCAUACAAUGUGUGAGAAUUGAUAGUCUGGAUUUCAUUAAAUAGUUCAUAUUGAUACUUCUUGAUGUUACUGAUUUUUUUUGAAAUAUUUACAAAAACUGUAGUGUAGUGGUGAAAGUUUCCACGCGAUUAUGCUGGGAUUUUAAAUAAAACAGCAAGGUGUUUAACUUAAUGGGAAUUGACAGUUUUUAUGGGGCUGUACCAAUUCUUUUAUAUUACGUUAUUUUAGUUCACUUCUAUUCUGAUCACUUUCAUGACAGCAUAAUCCUUCCAGUUUGGUCUUUUUAGUUACUGAUUAUGGGUUAUUACUUAGAUUGUAAUUUCUUAACUAGUUACUCUUGUUAUUUGCAUAGGGUAUGCUCAUAUAGGUUUGAGUAAAAUUCAUAAGUUAACAUGGAGACAGUAGUAAGUUGUCUUCGACUAGAAAAUCACCUCAGCUAAACUCUACACAAUACAUCCAUCUGAAUUAUUAUUAGGGUUAUUUUGUGGUUUCAUUUAUUGCUUGUGAAUUCAUUGACCUAUAGUUCCACUUGUACAUAGAAUUGUUUUUGAAACUUCCAACGGAACUAAACUCAUUUUGAAGUCGUAUGGUUCAAGUUUAACAUUACUAGUUCUAACAGUUCCUCCUUCGUUCAAAUUUCGAAUUAAUAACUGCCCGUUACUUAACACCAGGCAUGCAAUGAAAUCAAUUUAAAUGGAAGUUGAAAACAAUCUAUGAUGCACUACUUUACUAACUUAAAUGUAAUUACAUAGAUAACUACUAUUAAAAAGGAAAUAAUAAAUCGAUUUCAUUUAUUUGAAAUGAUAUCACAGAGGUAAUUUCUGUUUAAACAUUUCGUUUACAGUGAACUGUACUUAAAGCGUACUACAUUUGAUUAUAUAAUCCUAAGAUAGUUACAAGUACGCCUGGAAUAAUGAAUGGUGUAUCAUCAUUGAAAGUUGCUCACAUUUUACAGUUGUUAAUUCUAUUUACAUUACAUAUAGUUUAUUGAUAGUAAUGAAAUGGUGGACUAUUUGAUUAGCAUUUAAAAUAAUUCGUACGUAUCCCAGUUUCUGUAUAACAAAGAAUUCGUCAAAUUUUAAAAGACAUGCAAUUACUAUUAUUAUUAACAUUACUGUUGCCAUUAUUAUUAUUAUUAUUAUUA